AUGAAUAAUAACGAUCUUCGAACUGAAGAAUCUCUUCAACCUGUUAAAUAUUUAGGUAAAGUCCAUUCAUUAUAUUCUCAAGGAAUAAAUGUAGCAACUGAAUCUGUACGUACUGUAUGGAAACGUUCAAAAAAAGGUUCCUAUUAUAAUCGUUGUGCUAUGUCAAUACAUCCAUUUGGUUUAUGUAUAUAUGAAGAAAUAGCUAAUGGAACAUACAAAAGUGUUUGGUUUGAUCCUAUUGAAAAUAUUUCAUAUUGUGUUGCUGAACCAUUACAUCGUCGAAUAUUUGCAUGGAUUGCUCGAUCACAACAAACCAAUGAACUUGAAUGUCAUAUUGUACUUUGUAAAACAAGUAAACAAUCAUAUUUACUUGCUGAAUUAUUAGCAAAAAUAUUUUAUCAAUCAUAUCAUCAUUACCGACAACAACGUCUAACACAAUUAACACCAAAUUUAUCAACACGUUGUUCUGUAUGUGAUACUAUCACUCGACAACAACAACAACAACAACAAAUGAAUAAGAAUUUAUCAUUAUUUCGAAAUCAUUCUCAUGAUAUAGACGACAAAGAAAAAAAUAAUGAUGAUUAUGAAAAUAUUUCAUUUCAAGUACCUAUGAUUGCAAGAGUUUUUGUACCAAAUUAUGAAAAUAAUUCUAUGAAUAACAGUAGCAAUCGAAGUAUUGAUUAUGAUGUAACAUACAUUGAUGAAGAUUUAAUUAAACCAGUUGAAUAUUAUCAAAGAUCAAUCGUUUAA